GUGCGGAUUUCUACAGGGUCUCAACUGUCGCUUCCGAGAAGAGCUACACCUGCCAUUCCUCAUACAACCACCAGAAGGGGGACUUUUGAUCCGUCGAAAAACCUCGGUACCUUCGCGUGAUGGUAUAGGCCUGGGACCUCAAAUAUUUCAUCUCCAUCCUGGUCAACUCACACGCACAACAUAAAACGACAAGAUACUUGCCAGCCGAAGCACUCAUUGCAAAGGGAGACGAGGCGAUGGCCACCGCGAAGAAUGGCUUUGUGGUGGUUGGAGUUAGUCGUCCUGCGACGACACUUGAUAGCAGGCCCAGGCAAAGGAGAAGGAAUACUGUCAGAUGGACGAUUGGUCUAGUGGUUCGACUCUGUAUCUGGUAUGCCUUGUUGACGCCGUUUCUUCGUUGUCCAUCCCAGCUCUCCGAUUUGGAUGGAACAUCACCCCGGGUUUGCAAGCCGUACCUCAUUGCUCGGUCGCACGUCGAGCCUCAUAUAACCCCGUAUUAUAAUGCUUACGGUGCGCCCUAUAUCGAGAUGGCUCGCCCGUACGUGCAUAUUGUCGACGAAAAAGUCUAUACACCCACAUCUCGCGUCGUCCGCCGUGGUUAUGAAUCAUACGGAGUGCCCGCAUUGAACAAGGCGCAAAUCUACGGCCAGGAGCAAUGGGAGGUGCAAGUGGUCCCACACCUGAAUGCGGUCAAGGACAAGGUGACUACACUGUACAUCUCGGAAGUCUACCCAUACAUCCAGCGUGCAGAGGAAGUGGUCAUACCGCCGUAUAGGAAGGCCAGUGGCGCGGUUAGAUCCGUCUGCGUCGACUAUCUUCUACCCUUUGGCGCCAAGUACCAGCCGUUCAUCGGAAAGACAUAUACGUCAGGCCAGCAGAUCCUCACCACCACGAUUCUGCCCAAUGCCCAGAGCUCAUGGUCAAACACCAUUCAAUUCAUUAGGGGAACUCUGUGGCCGAAGAUCGCCAGUCUCUACUGGGAGAAUGUCGAACCACAACUCGUCAAAAUUGGUGAGAGACUUGCCAGCUAUCGAGAGGGAAAGGGCCCUCGAAAUAUUGUGGAUGAGGCCAAUGCUACCCAGUAUGAGACUGUCACCACAUCAUCUAGAACCGAGGUACCUCCACCGCAGCCGACACUCUCGGCCGAGGAACAAACAGCUCAAAAACGCGAAAGAAUCGAAAGUGAUCUACGUUUAUGGCAAGAGAAGUUCUCCGCCGCCGCCGAGAAUGGUCUCGAAAGCCUCGAGGAGCAUCUACAGGGGAUGGUCAAUGAUUACCUAUCUGGCGAAACCCUUGUAUACGGCGAAGAAUUGGUCACGGGGCUGGGAGCGGUUGUAGAAAAUGAGAUUCUUGCUCUCAAGCACCAUAUCAACACCCUUGCUGAAUCUUUGCCCUACGAGAACCUUCCUAAAGCUGAAAAGGCUGCCCAAGAGGAGCUGCUGCGGAACGUCAAAGAAGCUGCUAUUUCCAUUCGAGGCCGUGCACACGCUCUGCGGGAAUGGCGCAACUCAUUUGAGAAUGAGUUGAUGUGGCGCGUCCAUGCAGCAGUCAACUCUACACUUGAUGUUCUUAACAAUGUUCGCGACCUCGGAUUCCAAGAGGUAGGCAUCCGCUGGGCAUCCAUGGACGGUAUAACCUACAAGGACUGGGCGAGAUACCAUGCUCUCAAAGCGGAAAUGGAAGAUUGGAAAGAACAGUUCGUGACCUAUGGAACCCAGCAUGCGAAACUCGAAGAAGCGAUCUCUGCGGCAGAGGAGGUCUUGUCGCGAGGCAUGGAUAUUGCUGAGAAUGCUGCGAAGGAGCUUGCCAGGUUGCGGGAAGUCGGCAAGUGGAAGAUUUCCGCUCGUGAAGCAAGCGACAACUUUGACAUGAGAAACGACCCCCCGCCUUCACUGCCUGAGCCCGCCUUUCCUGAAGCAGAGACCGCUGAUGAGAACAGUCGGGACAAGACAUCCCAGACAGGUACCGAGGAUCCUGAAAUCGCAAUUGGCUCCUUAACCGGGGUUGAAGAUGAAAAUGUUCAAGGCUCUAACAGUCACGGUGUCUCCGCUGAAUUUGUCGCUGAGCAACUGGAUGAUCCAGCUACUGUCGCAGGCACAGGCAGCAGCUUCGAUGCCUCUAACCAGGCGGCAUGGGAUGUGGCUGCGGCAGUACUCUCUGCCCAGCAAGCGAAGGAAGGUAAUCUCGGCUCUGAAGAGCAGGAGGCCAUUGAGAGACUCAUCUCAGGGCUGCUUGUCGGCAAAGACGCCGAAUUUGCCGAGGAUAUCAUGAAUCAACUCCGCGCCAUCUACAAGGCACCAAGAUCCUCUUCGGCAUCAUUUUCAGCCUCGCCUUCGGCGACACCUUCGACACCAGUUAGCGUCGCCGUCGAUACUUUGUCAACAACAACAGCCACACCAGUUGUCGAAGAAAGCAGCCCUUCAGCUUCCAUGACGGCCGAGGAAAUGGUUUCCGAACCAAUCCCUGCUGCUGCUGCAUCUGACAUGCAGAACUCAGUCCACGAACAGCAAGAGAUCUUUGAGAGCUCCCAGAACCCGGAGGGUGUGAAAGCAGCUCUAGAGAGUGCGGAGUCUCAAUACAGCAGCUUGACUUCUCGUGCCAGUGAUUUUGAAACCGCCGCAGUCGAGACUGGUGUGGACGAUGCCGAUGAUCAGACCGAGAGCAUGGAAGACGACAUUGAGGCUGAAUUAUGA